UCCUGACGCUUGUUGCCAUGGUGACGGUACACAGCUCAGGGGGAGAGUGCGGGGGGGUACCACCUCUGCGCCGCCAUGAUCCCCCCGGCGGACUCGCUGCUCCGCUACGAGAACCCGGUGCUGGUGAGCCGCAACCCGGAGAAGCGCUCCCCGAAGGCGCGUUCUUUGAAAGUGAGUCCUCAGCAGCCUGUGUCAACAGGACCUGUGCCACCACCUCCAAAACCCAAGACGACUCCUACAGCUGUAGAUCCAACAAAACAGGCAGAAGAAAUCUUAAACGCAAUCCUGCCACCAAGAGAAUGGGUGGAAGACAAUCAGCUAUGGAUUCAGCAGGUGUCCACCACUCCCAGUACCCGAAUGGAUGUAGUUCAUCUGCAGGAAGAGCUGGAUCUCAAACUACAGCAAAGACAGGCUCGAGAAACUGGGAUUUGUCCUGUCCGCAGGGAACUCUACUCACAAUGCUUUGAUGAACUUAUCCGUGAGGUUACGAUUAACUGUGCAGAGCGGGGACUGUUGCUGCUUCGAGUCAGGGAUGAAAUCCGAAUGACCAUCGCUGCCUAUCAGACACUGUAUGAGAGCAGUGUUGCCUUUGGUAUGAGGAAGGCAUUACAGGCUGAGCAGGGCAAAUCUGACAUGGAAAAGAGAAUUGCAGAAUUAGAAGAUGAAAAGCGAGAUUUGGAAAGACAAGUGAAUGAGCAGAAAGCUAAAUGCGAAGCAAUUGAAAAACGUGAAAGUGAAAGGCGGCAGGUAGAGGAGAAGAAACAUGGUGAAGAGGUGCAGUUCUUGAAACGAACUAAUCAGCAGUUGAAGGCCCAACUUGAAGGCAUCAUUGCACCAAAGAAGUAGAUUUCCUUGUGGGGCCCUGCAGGAAGAACUCAUGAAAUCUUUCUCUGAGCAAGGCAUUUAUGGUUAGUGACCCAGGUCUGUCUCAUUCAUAAAGUGACCCUGAUUUCCACACUUCAAGUAACUAGAAACAUUGGAAUUGUAUUCCUUCUCCCCUUCCCUCUUCUAGUAGAUUAAAAUGUUUUGCUAAUUACUGUGACCUCAUUUUCAGUGACUUUUCAGCAUCCAGCUCUUUGUAUGCUGAACAUGUCUGGGAUUUGCCUCUGUGAUUCUCUAACCUAUCACUGUUAA